GCGUUUCCCCGACAAACGUAAAAGACAUAGCAUAUCCGGAGCAGAAGCCGAGUAACAGUGUAGCCCUUUUCCGGAUUUGUCCAGGCAUUUCAGCCGAAUGCCACUUAGGGCAAAAAAAACUACAUUUCCCGAAAGGCCAUCAGAAGGCAGCCUCCGGCUCGGUCCUUCCCAGCAUUCCUGUUUACUUCCGGGUGUGUUAAUACAGCGGGGAGAACGUGAGCUUCGAUUAAAGAGGGAUUUUAUCUGUCGUCGCCCUCCAUCCCCCAGGGUCAGGUAGAUUAGACAUCCCGGACAGAGAGACGCUGCGGUACCCCCAAGGAGCUGCCUCUUGUCAAGAGGACUGCCGGGUCCUAGGCCGGAUUGGAAAGAGGGCUCGGCACCUUGCCGGGGGUGAGAGCCAGCGAGCUGCUCCCGCCCCUCUAGGGCUUGCCUCCCCACCAUGGCCGAGCUGAUCCAGAAGAAGCUGCAGGGAGAAGUGGAGAAGUACCAACAGCUACAGAAGGACUUGAGUAAAUCCAUGUCAGGGAGACAGAAGCUGGAAGCACAGUUAACAGAAAACAACAUAGUGAAGGAGGAACUGGCUCUACUGGAUGGAUCCAACGUGGUCUUCAAACUUCUGGGCCCCGUGCUGGUUAAGCAGGAGCUGGGGGAGGCGCGGGCCACCGUGGGCAAGAGGCUGGACUACAUCACUGCUGAAAUUAAGCGAUACGAAUCCCAGCUCCGGGACCUGGAGCGGCAGUCGGAGCAGCAGAGGGAAACCCUUGCCCAGCUGCAGCAGGAGUUCCAGCGGGCCCAGGCAGCAAAGGCAGGAGCACCUGGGAAAGCCUGACUUCAUGGGGUGGGGUGGGGGUAACUCUAGGGUCUGGACUAUAAUAGCUAAUAAAAUGUGAGAAUGCCUGGCUCCAAUUUCUAACCGGCCACUUGUGUGCUACUGUCUCCGCUCAUCCCCCUGGCCUCUCCCUAUAUGUACACCACCCACGUUUCCCCCUCAAACCAUGUCCUAGCAGCGGGAAUCUCUAAGGGGUGCUGCUUCUUUCUUGAACCCAAAC